GGAUGACGGUGAAGUUUCUUGGCAGGACUCUUCUAAAGAGCCUUUAAAUGGGUUGGAUUUCUCAUGUUCUCAAAGCAAAGCAGCCUCGUCAGAGAGCCGCCAGUGUUCCUGUGAUGGAAAAGACCUGUUUGCCAUUGUGGCUGAACUGAAGCACGCUCACCACAAACUGAGCGAGCAGAACGGCAGCCUGAUGAGGACGGUGGCUCAGUGUGAGGACGUCAACCUGCAGCUCACGCUGGAGAUGACUGAGCUGCGAGCAAAGCUGGCCAGUUCCCAGCGCUCAACAGUGAGAGUCCGAUCCCUGACAGAGGAACUGGAGGAGACUCGUCGUGCGUUUAAAGAGGCCCAGGAGAGAGCCACUCGUACCCAGAGCAGCUGCACCAAACUGAGCAAAGAGGUUGAAUGCCUCAAAGUCCACAUCAGGAGGCUGGAGGACAAGAAUGAAAAACUCACCUUUGAAAGGACGUGUUGUGAAGAGAGCCUCAACAAACUGAGGAAAGUGAACACUGAGUUAAGGGGAGAACUCGAGGAAACCCUGGUUAUGUUGAAGCAAAGAGACAGAGAACUCACAAAGAAAGACGUUCUUAUGGAUAAAAUGAAGAACUCUCACAUGGAGAAUCACAACAUGAUCAUGGAUCUGCAGUCAGAGCUAACGAGAUUACAGGAGCAUUCACACCAAGUUCUCCUGAGGUACGAUCGACACCCUGUCAGCUCUCAGAGUCUCUAUGGUCGGGAGCCUCCAAACCGCCGCUCUCUACAGAGUGAGAUGCAGGAGAUGCAGCAACAUCACCGAGGUCUGGACGACAUCGGCCUCCCGUCCCUCCACACACACGGCGAUGACAUUCAGAGCAUCAUCCACAAGAUCAAGAGCACAGAGAUGGCUCAUCUUUGGCAGAAUAAGUAUCCCGAGAGGGACUCUGCUCCUGUAGAAACACAGGGCAGGCCUUUUCCCCAGCGCCAGCAGCAACAGGCAAGCAUCAAGCAGCGGCUCGUCAAUGUGCUGCAGGAGCUGGAGCUGCAGAAGUGUGUGUGGGAGGAGAGCGGGGACAAAGCAGAGGAGCGCUGGAGACCCUGGGACAAGGAGCAGAAGCAAAGCCACACCGGGUUCAAGCCUCCGGUCCAGGACUGUAAGAAGGAGGCCGUGGUGAACUGGUGGAAAGCUCUCAGCAGCGUGCAGGUGAAGUCCCAGGUAAAACCAGCGCAGUCAGUUCAGGAGCACUCGGAGACUCAAGAGAAGCUCCAGCAAGCAGAGAAGACGAUCAGUGAUAUGCGGGAGCAGGUCUCCCACCUGCAAGUCUCUCUAAGAUCUGCACUGGAGCGUGGCACUGAGCAGAAAAACACUUCUGUCUGUCAUACUGACAAAGAGACCAACACAGAGAGACACGAGGUGGACAGAGCCGUGGGGACGGAGGUGAAGGGUCAGAGGGAUGCUGCGGUGAUCACCGAGAUCACAGGUGGAGUCGCUUCACAGCAGGAGCAAACUCGGCUUCAGGUGACGGCGAACGGAGUCCUGUCAGCCCUGAAGAGGAUGGAGGCGAUGGUCACCAACGCUCUGGAGACGGCCAAGUUGGUACGAGAGAGCGAGCAGAGGAUGAGUCAGGUGAGAGCGAGGGUGGAGAGCAUCACGCACCGGGUGGAGGAGGCUCUGGGACGAGCAAGCAACACCGAAGUACAGCUGAACAUCCUGGAGGCCAGGUCCACCGAAGACGCUCCAGAUCAGAACACAACAGAAGUGACAACUGCAAUCCACAUUAAACAGUGUGGGGAAAAUCAUGCAAUGAAUCCAUGUAUCAGUGUACCAUCAGUGCUGCCAGCUGAGCCUGUACCAGAGUCCACAUGUGUCACGGCUGAGUCCAGUGCGGAGUCUGAGAACACAGCGGAGACGCCUCCUCCUCCUCCUCCUCCUCCUCCUCCUCCUCCUCCUCCUCCUCCACAGUCUCCCGUAAUCCCAGAAGUCAGCGAGUCUCCACAGCUCCCCAUCAAUGGCAGCACAGGACGAGGCAGCUGCGACAAGCUCCAGGAAGAAGAGAACCUCUUCACUCAGGAAUCUCCUUCAGAGCAAACAGACCAUAACUCAGCGUGUGCAGCUGAGAAGCCUUUUAUUUUCCCCCACACCCGCUCCCGGCCCUCACAGCUCCCCAGCAUGCCCACGCUGCCCGAGGAAGAGGAGGACUCCCCCGAGGAGAUGGACAGUUCCUCCAGCUCUCCCACGACAUCUACACCCUGUGAAAGCCGAGCCGUGGUCUUGAGCGCUCCCACCAUCGUCUACCCACAGCAGGCCACAUUUGUCCAACAAGAUGGAGGACGUCCUCUGGACCAGACCAGGCCGCACAGUCCCAGAGCUCGUCUGACCAGAAAUUCCUCUGGAGGACCCAUCACCACAGUCGACAGCUCAGGGAACAUCAUCGACCUGGUGAAAGAUCCGCUGCCGGAGAUGCAGCUCUCUGAGGAGGAUCGUCUGAAGAACCUGGAGCUGCUCGAACAGGCCAAAAAGGUCAGCGACCGCUUCCUGACGCGCCGCGGACGCCGCUCCACCAGCAGCCUCACGGACUCACCCCCAGGUCUUUCUCCAGCUCCGACUCCCUCCGCCUCACCCUGUUCUUCUAGAAGCAGCUCACUAACUGUUGCACCACAAACUGGACUCUCAGAUUCAGCCCAUGUCGGCUCACAGUCUGUCGGUCAGCAUCUAGAGGUUUUUUCAACGCGAGAGCAGGCUGAAGUAACGACCCAGGAUCAUGAGGGCAGGCUGCUGGUGGACUGGAAGCCCACAGAGAAAAGGAAAGUGUCCUCGGGGACUCUGACGCCACGUUUCGCUCUUCAGAAGGAGAACUGUGAUGCUGCUGUACCGAAGAGUCCUCCAGUGGUGAAUAAAGCAGAUGAGGGCGCUGGUUCUAGCCCAAACAGUACCCAGGCCCCGGCCACUGGUGUGGCCAAGCCCGUCCCACGUCCCCCGACUCAGCAGGCUCCGUGUACAGCGGAAAUCAAGACGAUUGGGGCCUUUCCUCCACUAAUGAGGGCGGUUUCUUGGGAUGCGGUGGGCAGCCUUAAUUCUAGAAACGGAGCCCCGAGUUUUCCGUCUAUAGAUGAGGAUACGUUCUCAGAAAUUCCCAGAGAUGUCUUCAAGUCAUCGGGGUACAAAGACCUCCCGACCCAGGCAGGAGGUGUGCAGAAGCUGUCCAAACUCAGAGAGGAGCACAAGCUGCUGCGUAACCAAAGCAUAGUGGGAUCCAAGUUGCCAGAGUUGAAUGAAUCUGCUGAACAGGAAAAAGGUCCUCCACUCUCUCCACACUCGGCCUCUACCGUGGAGGGGAAGGAGAAGUCUGAAUCGAUGCCCAACAUUUCCGAUGUGAUGCUUCGGAAACUGAAAUUACACCGGGGUCUGCCGGGCUGCGCUCCCCCACUGACUGAAAAAGAGGUUGAGAACGCGUUUGUCCAGCUCUCGCUGGCCUUUCGUAACGACAACUACACCCUGGAGACGCGGAUGAAACAGGCGGAGAGGGAGAGGAACCUGACAGAGGAAGACACGGAGAAAGAACUAGAGGAGUUUAAAAGAGCAAUGAAGAUGACUGCACCACAGUGGCAGAACCUUGAACAGCGCGAGGCCUACCAGCGCCUCCUGGAGACUGUAGCCGUGCUGCACCGCCUGGCCACGCGGCUGUCGAGCCGAGCGGAGAUAGUGGGAGCAGUUCGACAGGAGAAACGGAUGAACAAGGCCACUGAGGUCAUGAUGCAAUACGUGGAAAAUCUGAAGAGGACCUACGAGAAGGAUCACGCUGAGCUGAUGGAGUUUAAGAAGCUGGCCAACCAGAACUCUAACCGCUGUUAUGGAAGCUCUGCAGACACUGGAGAUGACGGCGUCGCACGGUCUUCCAGAUCAAUGUCUGUCACCCUUGGAAAGGCUCUGCCCAGACGCAGGGUGAGCGUCGCCGUGGUGCCGAAGUUCAACUUGCUGAACAUCCCAGGUCAGACUCCAGCCAUAGCGGGACCAGGUCCCAGUCCGCUCUCGGGUCUCAGCACACCCUCAGGUCCCAACCUGGCCCCUGGCUCCAACGCGGGACCGGCCGCCGGUACUGCUCUUCCUGUUCUGUGUGAGGCGAACGAUGUGAAAGUCAGUCCUUCCACAGAGGCGUCGCAACCAGCCGCAGAAUGUGGAAAGAGCGUGCUGGAGCAGGAAAGUGAGCCGGCCAAGCCUUCGGUCAACUUAGAGGAGAUCAGAGCCGAGAUCAGGGCUGAGCUCAAGGCAAAGAUCGAGGAGGAGGCUUACAAUAAGGGCUUCCAAGAGGGACUGCAGCAGAGCAAGGCUCAGCAAGAGGAGAAGCGUGAAGAGGAAAACAUGGCGGAGAAACUUCUGGAAUCAAAUAAUAAAGACGAGGAGAGUGGAAGGAAAAUGAAGACGAGCAGGAGGAUGGAGGAAGUCCUGGUCCGUCUAAGUCGUUAUUGUCCCAAGAUUUCCUUGAGCAGGCGACUUCUGUGGUUCGCCCUGACCGUGUUUGUCGUGAUGUGUCUGGUGAUCAGCAUUUUUUCCUUCUUCAGUGACCGUUACAACCGACGCGAGGACACGUAAGGGAAGAAGGGACUGUUCAAUAAAGUCCUGUGAACUUGGUGCAAUGUCACAACCAAAGAGCCCGACCGCUGAAUAUAGGAGACCGCAGUCCUUCUUUGUCUCUGUCCAUUUACCAUAUCAUCACACCCGGACUCACUUGAAGCCAGGACCCUGGUUCUGGACGGUCAGGGACGAUCUGGGAAUCUUAACAAAGAGUGUGUUUGGAUUCAAAAGUCGAUGUAUUUUUUUAUUGAAAUAAGAAAAACAAGAUUUAUAGUUCUUUGAGUGUUUUUAUAAUUCGUUUCGUACUGAACUAGAGAAAAUGCUCAGAGUACAAACGUCUGCAAAAGCCACAUUAUCAUAAUAGCACAUUUAAAAUCUAAUCAUUUCUCACGUGGGCCUUAACUUAUAUCCCCCCCCCCAUUAAAAUUAGGGAUGAGCCAAUAUGAUAUUUAACAUUGAUAUCAGUCCAGCUCAAAAUAAUUGGAUCAGAUAUCAGAAAAUAGAAGAAAAUCCCAAAAAAGCCUCAAUAUUGCAUAAUUAUUACGACCUCAGUGCAACACGACUGCUUUACAAAUGCUUUACAUGUGAACAUGUGAUAUAUUUUCAGUUGUUUAUUGGUACUGUAUACGGUUCAUGUACAAAUAUAUGAACCCAAAAUAGAAGCUUAUAAUUCAAUUUUGACCUUAAUUGAAACAUUUAGUUGUUUUAAAAGCUUUAAUCAACUCAAAGAUAAGCAAAAUAAUAUUUAUUAAUAUAAGCUCAAAUUAGAUUUGUAUUUAAAAAUUGAAAUGGUUAUUUUUGGCUGAUUUAAAAUUGAAAGUCGUGUAUGGUCUUACCUUUAUAUUUAUAUAUUGUAAGUCCGUGCGAUGGGCAUGUGUCACAGAGAGGAGGCGGAGCUCGUCGCUGCCUCACCUCACCGCUCUCCCGUGU